UCCGCAGUUUUCACAGGGAUGAGAAGUCGGCAACGUCGAAACCUGCCCCAGCCCAGUCGCCCGGAGACCCAGCCGGAUCCUGUUUUAACCAGAUCUGAUUCCUGCCUUCCUAACUCUGAAGUCACCAUGGCAAAUAAAGGAGAUUCCAUCAUCCGAAUCCCCCCAUACCACUUCAUCCAUGUGCUUGACCAGAAUAGCAAUGUAUCCCGUGUGGUGGUUGGGCCCAAAACCUACAUCCGGCAGGACAAUGAAAGGGUACUGUUUCCCCCAUCACGUAUGGUGACAGUCCCACCACGACAUUACUGCAUUGUAGCCAACCCUGUAGCCCGGGAUAAAGAGGGCUUCGUGCUAUUUGAGGAAGCUACAGGACAAGCACGACUUCGGCAUGCAGACCUGGAGAUCCGGCUGGCCCAGGACCCCUUCCCAUUGUACCCUGGGGAGGAGCUGCAGCAGGACAUAACCCCACUGCAGGUGGUUCUGCCCAAUACAGCACUGCACCUUAAAGCCUUGCUUGACUUUAAAGAUGAGAAAGGGGAGAGAAUAGCAGGAGAUGAGUGGCUGUUUGAAGGGCCUGGCACAUACAUCCCCCAAAAGGAGGUAGAAGUGGUGGAGACAAUCCAGGCCACAGUGAUCCGACACAACCAGGCUCUUCGACUACGGGCCCGGAAGGAAUGUCUGGACCGGGAUGGCAAAGUGAGGGUGACAGGAGAAGAAUGGCUGGUACGCUCAGUGGGGGCUUACCUCCCAGGUGUGUUUGAAGAAGUUCUGGACGUGGUCAACGCUGUGGUCCUCACAGACAAGAUAGCCCUGCACCUCCGGGCCCUGCAGAACUUCCGCGACGUGAGAGGCGUGCCUCGACACACCGGAGAAGAGUGGCUGGUCACCCAGGCGGACGCCGAAGCCCACGUGCCUGACGUUUACGAGGAGGUGCUGGGAAUCGUGAACAUCACCACCCUGGGUCCACGGAACUACUGUGUGAUCGUCGAUCCCGUGGGGCCCGACGGCAAGAACCAGCUGGGGCACAAGCGCGUGGUGAAGGGGGAGAAAUCCUUCUUCCUUCAGCCUGGGGAGAGUUUAGAGCAAGGGAUCCAGGAGGUGUUUGUGCUGUCAGAAGAUGAAGGACUGCUCCUGAGGGCCCUCCAGCCUCUGAUGGAGGGAGAAGGGGGGGAGAUUGGUGAGGAAAAGGUUUCCAGCAAGCGGGCCGGAGAUCGCUGGCUGAUCAGGGGACCCCUGGAGUACGUCCCCCCUGCCAAAGUAGAAGUGAUAGAGCAACGCCAGACCAUCCCUCUGGAUGAGAAUGAAGGCAUCUAUGUGAGAGAUGUCAAGACUGGCAAGGUCCGGGCUGUUGUUGGGGAAACCUAUAUGCUGACCCAAGAUGAAGAACUAUGGGAGAAGGAGCUGCCACCUGGGGUGGAAGAACUGCUGAGCUCAGGGCAAGAUCCACUGGCAGACAGGGGUGCAGUGGGAGAAUCGAGAAAUCGUGAGCUCUCUGUCAUCAGGGAUAAGACUCGAGUUGUGAGCUACCGAGUUCCGCACAAUGCUGCUGUACAAGUGUAUGACUACAGAGAAAAGAAAGCAAGGGUUGUGUUUGGGCCAGAGUUGGUAUGCCUUGGUCCUGAGGAACAGUUCACAGUGUUGUCCCUCUCAGCUGGCCGGCCCAAGCGUCCCCACGCCCGCCGGACACUCUGCCUGCUGCUGGGGCCUGAUUUCUUUACUGAUGUCAUCACCAUUGAAACAGCGGACCAUGCCCGGCUACAACUGCAGCUGGCUUACAACUGGCACUUUGAACUAACAAACCGGAAUAAUCCCCAAGAGGCUGCUCGGCUCUUCUCUGUCCCAGACUUUGUGGGCGACGCUUGCAAAGCCAUUGCCUCCCGGGUUCGAGGGGCCGUGGCCUCUGUCACCUUUGAUGAUUUCCAUAAGAAUUCUGCUCGCAUCAUUCGGAUGUCUGUCUUUGGUUUUGAGGAAACUGAAGGGAAAGGACCUGGGGGUGUUGCCCUGCCUCAGCCCCGGGACCGAGCCUUCUUCCCCCAGAAUGGGUUGGUAGUCAGUAGUGUGGAUGUCCAGUCUGUAGAACCCGUGGACCAGCGGACCCGGGAUGCUUUACAGCGGAGUGUCCAGCUGGCCAUUGAAAUCACUACCAAUUCCCAAGAAGCUGCAGCCAAACAUGAGGCUCAGAGACUGGAGCAGGAGGCUCGGGGGCGGCUGGAGCGGCAGAAGAUCUUGGACCAAGCAGAAGCUGAAAAAGCCCGAAAGGAGCUGCUGCUCCUUGAAGCUGAGAGCGCUGCUGUGGAAAGUACUGGAGCUGCUAAAGCAGAGGCAGAAUCGCGGGCCCAGGCAGCUCAGAUUGAGGGAGAAGGAGCAGUCCUACAGGCGAAGCUGAAGGCAGAGGCCUUAGCCAUAGAAACGGAGGCCGAGUUACUUCGAAUACAGAAAGCCAGGGAGCAGGAGCUCACCUACUGCAAGGCCCAAAUGGAGCUGGAACUGAACAAGGCAGAGAGACUGGCAGCAGUGGAGGUUAAGAAGUUCAAGGAGAUGACAGAGGCCUUGGGUUCUGGCACUAUUCGGGACCUUGCGCUGGCUGGGCCUGAGCUGCAGGUGAAACUACUUCAGGGUCUUGGACUAAAAUCAACCCUCAUUACAGAUGGCUCCACUCCAAUCAAUCUCUUCAGCACAGCCUCGGGGCUUCUGGGGCUGGGGGCAGCUAGGCUUCCUACUGAGGAAAAGUGAGUUAAUAAGAUACAGAAAAAUAGUGACUUCUUCCACAACUCCAUUGGAUAGUUAGAUCACUCUGAGCCUCUCUCUUCCUCCACCCAGCCCCUCUCCCCAGAAGAGGACUACUCUGUGCCCUAGUUUUUUUCCCUGAAAAAUAAACCUUUUUUCAUUCAUC